AUGGCCCGCAGAUUCCAGAUAGCGGAACUCCAGCAAGUGGGCAGACUCCUUGGCAAGGUAGUCGGAGAUGAAACGAUCCUUCUCGCCGAUACUGCUGCGUUAUGGGGGUUUUUUCUUUUGGAGAACGGCAAAAAGACUGGCAACGAUCGUAACGGGAGCCAAGUCCCUCCCUCCUGCUUAUCCUCUGCUCUUCCGGUAUUGGGAAAGGACGAGAAAUUGGGUAAUACAGACUGGAUUCAAUUCCAAGAUGUCUUUAAGGUCUUUGCACUCUCACUGGACGAAGUGGCCGAUCGAUUCUUCAGCGGCGUUGCUACCUGGCUACCCAUCAUCUCUCCGCAAAGCUUUCGCAAAAGGCUUCAACAGUUCCAGGAGAAGACAUACUCUCCCGAAUUUUCCCUUCUCCUAUUGGCCAUGUCUAUCAUCGUCAUUCACCCUCUCGAGCGCUCAUCACAUGCGUCUUCAAUAGGCUUGGAUGACAUUUAUCGAUUCACUAAAUCAACAUUUGCGCAUGUCCAAACAACGACUGACAUCUCGGCGACAAUGAUACAAGCAAGUAUCUUGAUAGCAGCUUAUGAAUAUGCUUGCGGAAGAUUGCAAACGGCCUAUAUAUCUAUUGGAGUGUCUUCCAGGAUGAGUCACGUCAUCGGUCUUGACCAACAUAAGCCUAAAUUUGACACCGGGUACACGGAUUUAGAAUCCCUCGAGGGGCGAAACAUAUGGUGGGGUUUGAUCAUCUUAGAAAGACAAAUUCUCAUCGAAGAUGGAAGCCGCUUGAGAUGUUCAAGGACAUUCUUUCCCUCGGAUGAUGUUCUCCUACCUUCACUUCUCGACAGCCUGGAUGAAGACGGCCGUGGACGGAACCAAUGCCCCUCAACCAUCCUGCCUAUCGUGCGUAGCAGUAACAUCGACGCAUUCGGCCGCCAGGGUCAGGUAGCGCACUUUCUCGAACAGAUGAUGUCCGUGCUCACGAACAAGGAUGAGGACGAUAUCAAAAUUUCAGCGUUAAGAAAUAUCGAUGAUGACAUGCAGCAGCUACUCGCCAUCACAAUGAGCGAGUAUCGAGGGCCUGGGUCUCAUUGUGGGGCUAACGCGACUGCCUUGAGGUUGGUGCUUUCCCCUGCUGUCAUCGACGAGGUGAAGAAUUUGACACGAAACAGGACACUUUACCUCAUUCAUCAAGCAAUCUUCGAAAUAUCAAGUAGGUGUACGAUGGCAAAGCCCAUGAAUGCACUAGAUUCUGAGGGUUCCCGUGCUGCCAUGGAUGCGACUGUCAACAUGAUGGCUGAGGUUGCCAAAGACCACUUGACGAAAAUUACAAACAUCGAUCGACUUCCGCCUUGUGCGGGCUACAACUUUGAGCUGUGCGUAAGGCAUCUAGAAGCCCGUGAGAGCCCCUCGGGUCAUGAUUCACAUUCAAACGGCGCUUUGAGUGAUUUGAAACAAAUGGUGGGCACUUUUCGACGAAGAUGGCCGAAGCACGGCAGUACCACUUUGUGA